CAGAGCAGAGCUCUGAGAGGCGUGAGCACUGCAAGAUGGGACUGCUGUUGCCGAUUCUCCUGGCACUGCUGGCCUGUCUGAUAGGAGGGCUGUACCUCCUGGGAGCCUUGCGCAGACGACGCCCCGGAGAGCCUCCACUGGACAUGGGACCGAUUCCUUGGUUGGGCCACGUGUUGGAGUUCCGUAGGAGCACUGCCGCAUUUCUCCAGAGGAUGAAGGAAAAACAUGGGGAUAUUUUUACAGCACAGAUGGGUGGGAUGUGCUUUACAUUUGUCGUGGACCCGCUCUCUUUUGGGAUGAUAGUGAAAGAGGGCAGGACAAAUUUGGACUUCUCUGAGUUUGCAAAGAAGCUGGUGGAGAUUGUUUUCAGCUACAAAUCCUUCGAGGAUGAAUAGAAGAUAAAUCAUGCAAUCUUCACCAAGCACUUGAUGGGUGACGGCCUGGUGGUCAUGACUCAAGCCAUGAUGAGCAACCUGCAGAAUCUGCUGCUACACAAAGUGGGACAAGGGGCUGCUCCGAGCCCCUGGCAGGAGGACGGUCUGUUUCAUUACUGCUACAACAUUGUCUUCCGGGCUGGCUACCUAUCCCUGUUUGGUAACGAGGCAGCUAACUCCUCAGAGAUGAUGGAGAAAGCCAGAGAGCUUGACCGAGUCCAGUCCAAUGACCUGUUUCACGAGUUCCUUAAAUUUGACAAGCUGUUUCCUAACUUGGCCUACAGGACCCUAGCUCCCUGGGACAAAAGAGAGGCUGAGAGGUUGAAGAGGCUAUUCUGGAGCAGAUUGUCAACCAAGAACAUAAAUACGAAGCAGAAUGUCAGUGGCUGGGUGAUGGAGAGUAAGCAGGUGAGGGAAGAACUUGGGAUGGAUCCAUCAAUGGUGGACCGACACAUAUUCUUACUACUUUGGGCUUCCCAGGGAAACACGGGACCAUCAUCUUUCUGGUUACUCCUGUUCCUCAUGAAGCAUCCAGAGGCAAUGACAGCUGUGCGCAAGGAAGUGGAGGAGGUUCUGAGAGUGACCGGGCAGGCAGUGAAGUCCGGAGGCCCACUCAUCAACCUGACACGAGAUAUGCUGCUCCAGACACCCGUCCUUGAUAGCGCAGUGGAAGAGACCUUGCGGCUUACGGCUGCCCCAGUGCUCACCCGAUUCGUGAAGAAGGACAUGUCCCUCAAGAUGGCCAACGGUCGUGAGUACAAUAUCCGCCAGGGCGACCUUGUGGCCCUCUUCCCCUACACGGCCGUGCAAAUUGACCCAGAGGUCCACCCUCACCCAAUGACCUUCAAGUACGAUCGCUUCCUGACACCUGAAGGGACGAAAAAAACUGACUUUUACAAGAAUGGGAAGAAGGUCAAAUACUACAGCAUGCCCUGGGGGGCUGGGGUCAGUAUGUGCCCAGGCCGUUUCUUCGCCACCAAUGAGCUGAAGCAGUUUGUCUUCCUUAUGCUCACAUACUUUGAUUUUGAGCUAAAAUACCCCGAGGAGGAGAUUCCCGCAUUUGAUGUCAGCCGUUGGGGUUUCGGAUCAAUGCAUCCAAGCCGAGACAUCCAGUUCAGAUACAGGUUACGCUUUUAACUCCAAAGGGUGCUAGAUUUCAAAGCACUUAGUAGUGUGCCUAGUGUUGUUUCUGACUGGCAUGACAGCUACGCAGUCCACCAGGAAUUCUCCCGAGUUUCCCCAUUGGCCGCUCCGGGCCUCAUUGCGUGGCUUCAGUGGUCCAUCAGCUCAAUGUACAGUACAGUACGGUAUGCACUUACUAGUAUUAUUAUCGCAUAAUAAUUAUUGUUAUGUACUGUAUUAUUAUUUUUCAAGCUUACCUACAAAUUUGACUUACUUAGGCAAUGGACUGCCUGUACAUUAUAUACUGUAGCUGUUCCUGGUUCAUUUCUUUUAUUUUGCACUUCAAUACUGAAUUUCAUUUUUUCAUUUUUCAAAUCAUUGCUUGUUGUCACAUCAGGCGGGAGAAAUGUACUACGGCCAUCAAUUAACAAACUGUAGUCUAGCGCCGUAUUUGGAUAGUCCACCCACAGAGGAUUUGUAAUUAGCUGAGAUCCAACAAUUCAGCUGUUUCGUUGAUUACCAAAAUACACAGUUUUCGUAUGAUUACCAAAAUACACAGUAUAUAGAGUAUAAGUAACAUUCAUAAACAUACCUACGUAAUCUUAUAAUUUAAUUGAAUUUGACUACUAACUCAACCAAUGUUAUAUUAAUUGUUCAAUCUCACCUAAUAAGUUGUUGAAAAGUUAUAAAUACUCUGUAUACCAAAUAAAGUGUUACCAAAUGCAGAUAGGACUUUCCAAUUGGUAUUUCAUAAGGGACAGACCCCUUGAUGUCUAUAAUAUUAUUCUGCCGGGUUCCUGUCGGCCGUAUAGUGUUGGAAACGGUCUCUAGUUCCCUUCCUUUCACAGUUGUUAUCGAUGUCGGACAGGAUGUUACCAUUCCUGUGUUUCAGUGCACCGAGUCAAAGAUCCUGGUUUAAGAUUAACCAGCCUGGAAUGUGGGAUUUAUGUAAAGUUUAAGACAAAAUGAAACAUUCAACUCUCACUACAGUACAUGUACAUAAAAGCAGCCGGGGUGAAUGAAAUUAUGCACUCUCACUCUCUCACCACUAGGAGGUGGUCUUGUUAUGUGUGUUUUGUAUGGAAAUGGAUGCUUUCAAUGCCAGUCCAUCCAUAUUCUAAAUCAUUGCUAAGGCUAUGUAUUACAGGAUAUAGUGUGAAAGUGAUAAAAAGUCUGAUUUUCUCACACAUUAUUGAGCUGUAGAUGAGGCUCUACAGUUGAGUAUUUCCACUGAAGCAGGUGAAGGUAUAUACUCAGUGUGAUGAAGUAAUUUAGGAUUGCGCAGUUUCUCAGUUUAUCUCAAUAUUCCACAAUCACUUGCAAACAAACGCCAAGGUUCAACAUCAGAUUGCAGCUGGACUCAUCUUCAAGGAUAUCAUCUGGGUAUAGUCAUAUUGUGUGUUUCGAAGAGAAAAUAAAACUCUGAUUUUCGGUUUA